AUGUCCGAUAUCCAGAAAAACGUCGAGGCCGCCUCGGAAAACUACUCGUCUAGCUUCGAGAAGGGGCAACUGGCCCUGCCGCCCGCGAAGAAGUAUCUUGUCCUCACUUGCAUGGAUGCCAGAAUUGACCCGGCGAGGGCGUUUGGCAUCGAGUUGGGCGAUGCGCAUGUCAUUCGCAAUGCCGGCGCUUCGGCCAUCGACGGACUACGCAGUAUCGUCAUCUCGCAGCAGCUCCUCGGCACGCACGAGAUCGUCCUGGUCAAGCACACCGGCUGCGGCAUGCUGACUUUCAAGAACGAGGACGCGUACGGCAUCGUCGAGAAAAACUUGGGUGCCGACGCCUCGUUGGAGGCCAAAAAUCGGAUCCCCGACUUCCUCCCCUUCCCCGCGCUGGAGGAGGCCGUCGAGAGGGACAUUAGCUUCAUCAAGGCCUCCAAGCUGGUGCCUGAUGGCGUAGCGCUGAGCGGUUGGAUUUAUGAGGUCGAGACGGGCAAGACGAGGCGGGUUGUUUGA